AGAAACUGGGGGUGUGAGUUAGUGCAGCAUUCAGAGCGAUAGGGCUUAAAAGAAGAGUGGAUAUUUAAAAAAUAUCGGGAUUGUACUAUCAAAAGCAGGGCAGACAACCGACAGCUAUUCAUCCUUUUAGGCAGCCUUGAUCGGACCGCUGGAUGCGUUUUGAUUGAACACGCAGUUGCCGAUGGUUCAAGACUCACUCCACGUCUCAGCUUGUGAGCAGGCUUUAGAGCGCGAUGCCCACUGUGAGCACAAUGCCAGCAAGCAGAGCCAAAGACUGGAUUAAAAUACACUGACCAGGAGCAGAUACCUAUACCAUGUGCACCCCACACUGAUGACAUCUCCAAAGACAAAGCAGCUAGACCAUACAUUUCAGGAUUUCUAAUACAUCAUGUAACAACAUUGACUUCGAGGACUUCUUUUAGUAUCUCUUGGUUGGAUCCACCUGUGGUUCUCUGAUUCCCUGAGAUCUCUAUGUACUGUGAGAGUUGUAUUAUCUGGAUAAACAGUAAAGAAACAUGACCAAAACCUCAGAGAUCAUCAACCUGUCUUUCCUCCUGGAUAAUGAGAAGGAGAUGAUUCUCGGAGUUCUGGAGAAAGAUGAAAACCUAAGAAAACAGGAAGAAAAGAGAAUCCGGAAGCUGAAGAACGAGUUGCUGGAGAUCCGCAGGAAGGGCGGGACCAAGCAGCACAAGCACCAGCAGCAGAGCGAGCGGGUGUGCGUCCGCUGCCAGAAGAGCCUGGGCCUUAUCUUCGACCGAGGGGAGGUGUGUGAGGAGUGCCAGCUCCGAGUGUGCAAGGAAUGCCGCAUAGUGUUGGAGAACAGCAAGUGGAAGUGCACCAUCUGCACCAAAAUCUUGCAGCUGAGGGUGGUGACUGGGGAGUGGUUCUUCGAGGAGAGAUCGAAGCGGUUCAUGCAGGGGAACAGCCAGGGCAGUGAAGUGGUGAAGCAGUCCAUCGCUAGGGCCCCUCCAGGCAAAAGCAAAGCUGAAAAGGUGAAUCUAAAAGCACAGCCGGAUCAGAAUGGUCAAGAGAGACCUGUUACCCCCUCUUCCACCAGAAGUGCCCUAAGAAAUGUGAUAGAUGCUUCGAGGCACAGAGGGUUCCGAGCGGAGAAGAAAGACAGUAGGGUGACACUUGAGAAUGAGAAUAAUUUGGACCCGAAGCCAGAAGACUCAAGAAGCAUUGGCUCAGCUUCGGAUCUGGACGUACACAAUGUGCACAGUACACAUUCAGCAAGUCGCUCUGCAGGAGGGGGCACUGUUGCAUUGGAAUCCUCAGGGAUGCAGACGACGCCCAAUAAUCUCCGAUCUGCUACUCCUGAGAAAUCACCGACUCUCAGCAAACGCAGCGCAGCCUCUGGCCACAGCAGAAGGGCUGAUGGCAUAGAGAGUGUGGCCAUUUUCCAUUGCAGUGAAAGCUUCACAGACAACAAGUCCAAUAGAAACCACAGGAAAUCAUGCGCAUUGCCUUCAAUAGCUAUUUCCAGAGCCUCUAUGUCCUCAGAUCGCAGCAGGUCUGAGUUGGAUAUUAGCGGAUCUUAUGGAGAGAUGAAUGAGGACUCCAUAAGCAUGAGGAGUAAGUCAGUGCCAGACGAUCUCAACGAUAGCUUGGAGGAAGAUGACCUAGAUAGGAUGAUGGCAUUAAACCCACCUUCCAGCAGAGACAGGUUGAUAGGAGGACUGUCCACGGCUGUCCAGUCUGGUUUGGAGAGAAAGUGGAGUUACCUUAAUGUCCCUGACUGUGACAGUGAAACUACGAGUCUGAACAGCGUGAUGAGUGUGUACAGCGAGACAGGUGACUAUGGGGAUGUGAGCAUUAGUGGAGAAAUCCUCCUCAACAUCACCUAUAGCUACAAAACUGGGGCUCUGAAUAUACUGGUGAAAGAGUGCCGCAACCUGGCCAUCGCCGACGAGAAGAAACAAACCCACCCCUACGUGAAGGCAUACCUCCUUCCGGACAAGUCUCGCCAGAGCAAGAGGAAAACGAAGCUCAAAGCCAACACGACAAAUCCAGUCUACAAUGAAAUCUUAAAGUAUGUGAUCAGCCACUCGCAGCUGGAGACUAGGACCCUGCAGCUGUCAGUCUGGCACUAUGACAGGUUUGGGCAUAACAGCUUCCUUGGGGAGGUGGAGAUCCCAUUCGAGUCCUGGGAGUUCGAGAACCAGACUGAAGAGUGGUUUCCUCUGCAGCCCAAGGCGGAUUCUAUGGCAGAUGCAGUUCUGCAGUAUAAAGGGGAGCUGAGAGUGGCCAUGCGGUAUAUUCCUCCUGAAAGAAACCUCACGCUGCCACUGGAGCAAUUUCAGGCUAAAAAAAGUUUCUUGAAAGGAAAGAAAGGAAUCACCCAGCUGCCAACAGGUGGCAUGGUGGAGGUACAGAUUAAGGAAGCCAAAAACCUGACUGCUGUGAAAUCCGGAGGAACAUCUGACUCGUUUGUGAAAGGCUACAUGCUGCCAGACAACAGCAAAUCUUCAAAGCACAAAACUCCUGUGGUAAAGAAGAGCGUCAACCCAACCUGGAAUCACACCUUCACCUACAGCGGCCUGCAGCCCAGCGAUCUGAACAACAUGUGCCUGGAGCUGACUGUCUGGGACAAGGAGUCCCUCUCCAGCAACAUCUUCCUGGGGGGAGUGCGGCUCAACAUUGGCACUGGGUUGAGCUACGGGAAUGAAGUGGAUUGGAUGGACUCCCAAGGGGAGGAGCAGCGUCUAUGGCAACGCAUGCUUGACCAGCCCGAAGCCUACGUGGAGAGCACACUGAUGUUAAGAUCGAGCAUGGGGAAAUGCAAGCUUUGAAAACACUUGCAGACUUCAAACCAUUCCUUUUCAUUUCCAGCAUUUCUUGCAAUACUGUUCAAGCCCAGCUUUGAGAAGAUCCUGUGUGUGCUUGUCUCUGGUAGUUUGUUACAGCAUUCAUCCGAACGGUAUAUAUUGUGGACAUAUCCAUCAAUAUACUGUUUUGGAUUAUUAUGUACCAUACACUAUAUCUUUAUAAACCCUGCUAUAUAAAACCCAUCACAAGUUUGUAUUGGGAAGACAUAAUAAGCACAGAUGCUUCUGCAACACUAAUGUGACUAUGCACUGAUUACUAAGUAAACACAUCAUUUUCAUGUUGAAAGGUUUACAGUGCAUUGAUUGCUUCUCAGGUUAUUGUUAGUUGUUGAACAGAGUGCUAAUGAAACAUUUGGACAGGUGGGUUUACAGUAAACUACAGCAUAGUGUGCAAUUGCAAAAUCACUUGAACACAGAACAUCUUUAUGAGGUACACAACUGAAGCACCAGCUUUACAGUAAAACAGCAGAAGAUGACUUUACAGGCCACAACCACCCCCCACCCCCCCCCCCCCCCCCCCAAAAAAAAAAAAAAAAAAAACACAUUUUGAAUUCUCACUCAAAAAUCUAUAUUCACAUACCUUGACAGCUGUAAUCUAAUGCAAAUCACAUACCAGAUUCACAAGCAGUAUCUUAAUUCUAUUAACAAAGAAAUGCUGCCUGCUUAUAGACACCAUAUUAUAUACUGUACAUAAUAGUUACUAAUCCUACUUAGAACAUAACACAA